UGACGUCGUAGCGGUUGGACUCCACGCUGUCCACCCAGGCGCUGCACGCGUCCUCAAAGUCGGACAGGAAGCUGCAGUGGCGCUCGGCAAGCAUGGCGGUCGAUCAAGAGUGCUCCUUGUCCUCGCCGCGCUCGCCGUCCUGGUGGCGCUUGCUCCUCGCUCCAUCGGGAUGCCGGGCCUGCCCCGUCUGCCCGUGGUGGGCAGUCUGCCUUGGAUGAGGGGUGGCAAACCUCCACACCUGCUUUUCAUACAGUUGGGCCGAAAGUACGGGCCAUUGUUCGAGUUGUUCCUGGGGCCGCAUCGCACCGUGGUAGUCAACGCCUACGAACACGCCAGAGAGGUUCUGCUGCAGCGAGGGCGAGACUUCGCCGGGCGCCCCAGCAUGGUGACCACCGAUCUGCUGACCCGAGGCGGGAAAGACAUCGCCUUUUCCGACUACUCGCCGCUGUGGAAGCUGCACCGCCGCCUGGUGCACACUUCCUUCGCUCUGUUUGGAGAAGGAAGCAACCGCCUGCAGGACGUUGUUCUGUCCGAGGUGGACGGUCUGUGCGCAGAGCUGCUGUCCAGCAAGGGGUGCAGCUUCGACCCGUCCCUCGCGGUGACCACGGCCGUCACCAACGUGGUGUGCACGCUGGUGUUCGGAACCACCUAUAAGCACGGCGACAAAGAGCUUCAGGAGGUGAUGCGCUACAACGACGGCAUUGUACGGACCAUCACCAGGGGAGGACUGGUUGACAUCUUCUCCUGGAUGAAGGUGUUCCCCAACGCCUCUCUGAGUGAGCUACGAUCGUGCAUUGCCGUGCGGGACCGCCUCCUCACGCAAAAACUGCAUGAACACAAGGCAGCACUGAGCGAAGGUGACCCUCGAGAUCUCCUGGAUGCCUUGCUGAAGGGUCAAGGGUCCCCCGGGCCCGACGGGGCAACCAUCACAGACGAUCAUGUGUUGAUGACGGCGGCGGAAGCCUUCGGCGCCGGCGUGGAAACUACAUCCACCACGUUGCUCUGGAUUCUGGCCUACCUACUGCACCACCCCGAGGUACACGCUCACAAGCAUUUAGGUUGCUUCGCCGCAUUUGUUGACCGGCACCUCAUGCAGGUCCAGGAGCGGGCGCAGAAGGAGCUGGAUGAGCAAGUGGGCGAACGAGCUGUGCGCACGUCGGAUCGCGGGAGGCUCCCGUAUCUGGACAGCAUCAUCUACGAGGGGAUGCGGAUCCGGCCGGUGAGCCCGGUGCUGAUCCCACAUAUCGCCGUGACCGACAGCAGCAUCGGAUGUCACACCAUCCCCAGUGGAACUCGCGUGUUGGUCAACAUGUGGGCCAUCCAUCACCACCCUGACCACUGGGACAGACCGGAUCUGUUUCAGCCAGAUCGCUUCCUAAAUGAUCAGGGUCAGCGGGUCACACCCUCCUGCUUCCUGCCGUUUGGGGCGGGGCCACGCAUCUGUGUGGGCGAAUCGCUGGCCAGGAUGGAACUCUUCCUAUUCUUGUCCUGCAUGCUCCAGCGAAUGAGCUUCAUACUGCCGGAUGGGGCUUCCCCUCCCAACCUGCAGGGGCGCCUCGGCGUGGUCUUGCAGCCUCUGCCUUAUAAGGUCGCCGUCAGGCCGAGGGCAGAGUGGGAAGUUGGCACUCAUGUUUUCUAACCAGUCGCUAUGAAAACAUCACAUUUUGUUAUUUUUCUCAUUCAAUGACGAACAUAAGCAAGAUCUGAAAUGACAUCAUGUGCUUCAAUAAACACUUGUGUUGCA